GCAGAAAGUGUAGGGCUAUGGUUGAUCUAUUGAGAGGCUCAUCUCAUCUUAGCUCUUUCCACUCUUCACCUCUUUCGCUUCACUCUCUCCUUCACUCCUUGACUGUUCUGGCACUUACCUGACGCUUAAACCGUUACUGAGAGCCUCUAAGAAUUCUAAGCCCAAAGCUGGACCUGAGGGGGCUCCUGCAGGUAGAACAAUAGGCGGCCCAAAAGAAAUUAUACGUGAAGACAUAUUUCGUUGUAGGACUGAAGUACAGGAGAAGGGCAGCACGGGAGGAAUGCAGAAAGCUCCACCUAGCGCACCUACAC